AUGGCCAAGGAAACUACUCGUCCGAUGAUGAAGGGCGGCAGGAUCGUGAGGGAGCCGGUCGCAGCGGAGACUACAGCCAGCGCCAAUCGCAAGACUGCUGCGUCUGGCGCCGGUGCCACGAACACAACUGCCCUUGCCUCAGGAAGCAUUACUGUCACUGGCGGACGUUCCACUACGCGCCAGAGCAAUCGAAUUCGAGGCAGUGGUCCCGCAGCUAUCGAAGGACUCGACAAGGAGAGCAGGCUCGGCAGAGAAUUGAGCUCCCAGCUUAUUCAGAACCCCGGAGCAACCAGGAAAAGAAGAGAGAGGGAGGCCAAACAGAAUGGAUUGAGUGGUAAAGGUAACGCCAAGUGGAUGGGUGCAUGGGAGCCUGAGGUCCCAGAUGACUAUGAUGACGAAGAGAGUGAUGAAGAGGCCGAACGACAGUCCAAUGACACACCGGCAGAUGCAGGCGGGAAGAAAGGUGCAACAGGACGGAAAAAGAGGAAAGCUCCCACAAGAACGGACGCGACCGAGUCAUCGAGACCAAGCAAGAAACCUCGGAAGACUGGACCUUCUCGGAGAAACCAGAACAGUGGCGAGACUCCACCAGACGAUGGCGGCGGCGGAGGUGAUGAUGAUCCCGAUGAUAAAGCGCAGCGUCCUUCAAGAGGGCCUCCUCGCAACCCCGACGAGAAGUUCCUGCGCGACUGUAUUGAAGAGUUGCAGAACCUGAACCCCAACAACGGCACUCGCAGACAAGCUCACAUCCGGAACGUCCUUCCCAUUCUUAGACAAGUGAGGCAGCCUAUCGACGAUCGCAUACAACACUUUGCCAACAUUCUCCCCGAAGAGGACCCCGGCAGACCUGACUGCUACAUUCUCGAUGCCGCGGAAGCGAAGCGUCUUCUGGAGAGCAACGUGGAUGUCGAAGCGCCAGUCUUGGUGCCUAACGGCGCUAGGGAAGGUCUCUUCACAGGCAGCAUGGCGCGGCCCAUCGAGCAGGUCCUGCGCACCUGGUAUCUCGAUGCAAACGAGUCAACAACCCUCGUCGACAGCCUCGAACUAGAAGGCAACGGCAGAGAGCGAGAGAUGGUCACAAUUGCGCUUGUGCGGCAGCGCUUCCUGGAAAGAGAAGCUGAGAGACUUCACCCUUGGAACUUGCCCGACAUGCCGAACCCAAGACCUCAGCAUUGCGUACCUCACUUCAUGCAGUCUCUCAACUGCAACUUUCUGCAAGAUGUCUUGCGGCGAGCACUCGAUGACACGGCCGAGAUCUGUCCAGAGGUCUGUCCUGCUGCGUUACCAAAUCGUCUGGGGUGCUCCAAUGAGACGCACAAGCUCACGCACAGGGAGUUUCACAAGUUGAAGGAGAACAGCGGCUUCUGGCAGGGCACGGUGAUGCUAGCGGAGCCUGGCGCUAUUACCACUAGUCACUUUGACACAUGGUCAAUGGGCACCUGGAUCUCGUGCCACGAAGGGCAAAUUGGGCUUAUCUGGAGAAGUCACCCCACAGACGACGAGAUGAGGAAUCAACUUGUGAACGACGAAGACGCUGGAUAUCACCUCGAAGGCACAUCGAUCUACAAAGUCCUUCGGCCGGGAGAUGCUGUUUACAUGCCCUCGGGAACCAUUCACACGGUUUUCCGUAAGCCCAGCGGAAAGCAGACGCUGGGAUUGGCAGGGCAUAUCGUCCGCAGGUCAGCUGCGGCGUCCUGGCUGAAGUUCCUCAACAUGGAUGCCGAGGACACUGCGGAUGAUUGGCUAGAAUUCAAAAAUGAUGAUUACGAGUUCGUGGUACCUCCCCUAGCGAGAGCGGUUAGAGCUGUUUUAGAUCCGGAGCAACAACGAGAUCAGAGAGAAUUGUUUGGUGGACGCGGCCCAUGGACGCGAGCGAAUAACCGCUCGGAGACUUUGUUGCGGACAGCAGAGAGACUGCAGACAGUUGCGUUUGACAAUCCGUCGAAUAGUCCGGCAAACAGUCCGCGGGGCUCGAGGGGGCCAACAUCUCAUGCGGAGGGACGACCAGAACAGCAGCAGGAAACACAGACAGGAGAUCAGCCAGAUGCAGAAGAAGAGCCAAACACAGACGUGGAGCCGGGGCCAAAUGCAGAGGGUGGGCCAGAAGAAGAGGAAGAAGAGGCUGACCAGGACUCCAUCGAAAAGCCGCCAAAGCGCCGUAGGACAAGAAAAGCGACCGAAUCCGAGACAGUCGCCUCAUCAUCGGCGCCAGCGGCAUCCAAGAGGCAGACCAGAAAAGGCAAAAAGGAUUACAUUGGAAGCUUUUGA